AUGUUCAAGCACGAGUAUUGUCGGGGAUUCGAUAUCUUGAAUCAUGCUAUUCGCAUGGGUAACACAGAAGACGAAUUGAGGCUGGGAGCACAGCAAACUUUGUCUGGAAGUUCUCAUGUAUCUCCAGAAGUUGUUUCCUCACCAAUGCAGAGCUCGAAUUCCUUUCAAUUUCCAUGGAAAUUGUACGAUAUGCUGGAACAAGCAGAGCAAGAUGGAUUGCACGACAUAGUUGCGUGGCAGGGCGAUGGUGCUACCUAUGGUACAUCGUUCAGAGUUUUCAAGCCUCAAGUGUUCGUUGAAAAGCUGAUGCCACGAUAUUUCAAACAAACAAAGUACAAGUCCUUUCAGCGUCAAUUAAACCUCUAUGGGUACACAAGAAUAAAUGAGGGUCCCGGAAAAGGUGGAUAUAAACACAAGCACUUCUUGAGAGGCAACAAGGAUCUCUGUCAGUACAUUUCUAGACAGUCCAGUGAAGAAAGUGGAUCAAACACAGUUGGAGCUACGGUAUCGUCAUCAUCAAACCCAACUUUUUAUAAAUCACUGGGCGCAUUGUCUACUCACAUUCCUAUGAUUGCUCCGAGAAAUGCUACAAGGACUCAGAUCAACACAGUAUCGCCAGAGACAUCAACAAAUCAAUUUGCUGCGAAACCCGCCAAUUUCCAGUUAUGUGACAAGAAGGAGAUCACUGACCAGUACAGAGCACUGAUACAAAAAGAUUACCAAUUCCCGUGGAAACUUUAUGAAAUGUUGGAUAAUGCUCCAAUAAACGAUUAUGAGCACAUUGUCUCUUGGCAACCGCCAGGAAACAACUGUUUUCGGGUACAUGAUCCAAUUAUGUUUGUUUCGUGUGUUAUGCCGCUUUUUUUCAAACAAACCAAGUAUAAAUCCUUUCAGCGACAGCUCAAUCUGUAUGGGUUUUCAAGAGUCGACGAAGGCCCGAAUAGAGGAAGUUACUGGCACAAACUCUUUCAGAAAGAUCGAAAAGAUCUUCUCAAUGGAAUGAAUCGGCAGAAAAUUUUUCAAUGUGAGAGCCGAUUACAAAUUAGGUCUCGUGGUACUGGAAAAGACAGCGCAGGAAAGGAAAACUCUGCUCAAUCCUUGGAUGUUUCAGAGCCAAUUUCUUCCAACAGUGUUCUCGAGUCCUCAGGUAGUGAAGUCAAAUGUAUUGACCAUGGAAUACCUACCAUUCUUCAAUCAAUGGCUGAGGGCCAGGGGACACAGAACGAAUUUUGGUCUCCCACUUCCACUCCUGAUAAAAAUCCAGAUGUCGAGGUGGACAACGAAAUGUCCUCCUCUAGGUUCAAGUGGCGACGGACAAUAUCCGAUGGUUCUAGCGAUUGGAUCAUUGUGGUUUUGCACAAUGAUACAUUUGAAAGAGAAUCGUUUCAUGUUCAUCGUCGCGCCCUUUCUUGUGGAGAACGGAAAAGCAAUUACUUCGCAAGAUUGUUUCAAGGCGCCUCUCCAUCAUCCACGGAAAAUGUUCUGGUCUUGGGAACGGCUGAGGCUGCUAUAUUUUCAAAAGUACUUGACUACAUUUAUUUCAAUAUCACCCCGAAGUUGGACAUGCGGACUGCAUUCUCAUUUUUCACGAUGGGGAAGAGCCUCGGCAUCGACUCCUUGCGGCAGCUCGUUGUCGAUUUUUAUCGCGAUAGCAUGGACAGAGAGAACAUCGAAGACUUCAUCCAAGUUGUCUCAGAUUUCGAAGACAAUUCACUGCUCGAAGCUGCCAUAGAUUACUUUGCUACAGAAAUGAAGUCCAUGGAUGUUUCUCUAGCGGGUAAGCUCAAGCCGCAGAUACUCCGUCGCAUUCUUUGCGUGAAGAAGGAUCAACCCGAGAGGCUACGUUGUGACGCAACAACCACAAGUCGCUAUGUUGCCGAAAGCUUACACAAUCACGCCAAAUCACUGUCUCGAGAUCAGCUGCAACAGAUGGUGGAUGACGAAAUAUUGACUUCGAUCGAUGCUGUCACAGCGAUCAAAUUGCUUGCCGUAGAGACAAGUGUGGGUUAUGGUGAACAAACCCGAUUUGUCGAUUCCUCACUUAGACAUCGAUGUGUGACAACUAUUACAAAAGAAUGGUCAAGACUGAGAAAUGAAUUCGAGAAGUCUCCGACUCUGGUAAAUGCUUUUAAGUCCGUUUCGUCAGAAGUCCUGUUCGAAAUUCUAAUGAAAACAACUCAGUGA